AUGGCGGAGUCGCUGAAUGUUUUAAAAAAAGACUACAGAUCAAGAUUCUGCCAUGGAGGAGGGAAAGAGAUUAAUGUUCAGCCAGGUCAGAACUUACUGAAAAUCAUACAGGACUGUUUUGAAAGUUGUGAUAAUGAUGUUAGAAUAAAUUCUCCAAGUGCAACAUGUUGCUCAACUCCCGUUGUUAGCAAGAAAAAGGGCACUUCAGCACAAAGGAAGAAGCCAAGUGCACAUUUAACUAACUCUCUGAAGAACACCUCUAAUUCUUCAGACUCUUUAUUUACAUCACCACUAAAAGCAGUCAGCAGUAAAGGACGGUCACUUAAAUCACAGCUGACAUCUGAAAUACAUGAUGCUAACCAAACAGAGAGUCUUGUGUCUCAAAGAGAAAGUUCAAAUAAAAAUGUCACUGAGGACGUCAGUGAUCUUGCUGGAUCUCCUGGCAAAACAAGAAGCAUUUUAGAAGAUGUUGAAGCACAGUGUAGAAGUCCUGUCAAACUCUCAGCCUUUAGGGUUGAUCAUGAGACUGCGGAAUCACCUCUUGUGAAGGAAGCUAUAACUUCUCCUGGCCAUAUAUUGCAGUUUGAUGAGCGAGGUACUCCAGCUGUGGUUAAGAGCCAUGUGGAAGUUGAAAAUUUGGGAGGACCACAAACUGGGAAAGAGGAACAGCUUGCUCUGGUGCAGGGAACAAACCAUAUUGCUAUAUCCUCUCUACAGAAAAAGAAGUCUUUCUCUUCAGCAUUCUUAGCAGCUGUAACAACUGCUGGAAAAAGGUGUUCAGCCUCAGUAUCACCACCAUCCCCUCCUCUUGUGAAAGCUCAAGAUUUAGAAAUAGAAAACGAAUGUGAAUUUUUAAUUGAUGAAUCAGAUGAUGGGUCUUCUAAUUGGUUUUCAAUACCAAAGAAGAACAAAACAUCAAAAAGAAAUGACUCUGCAACUCCUGCUUUGAAAUCCCAGUCCUUGGAAAGGCAGAAGACAGAAAGUAAGAAAGACAAGAAUGGAAAGAAGCAGUCUGAAGCUCCCGAUAAGGAGCAAAUACCUGAUUUGGAUGUCAGAGUACAGCCUGACUUCAAAAGGACAUCAGAAUUGGAGACAUCUUCUUCUGACAAGAAGGGGAAAGCUCUUAAACCUCAACGGCGAAGCAGCACUCAUAUGGAAAAGACUAAAAAGGAAGCACUUAAGCAAGACUCUUCAAAACAGAGAAGAGAUACAUCCUGGAAACUGGAAGAUAAAGAAUUGUCUGAAUUAGACAAAAAAGCUUCUGGUGCAGAACGAUGUAAAAAAAGGGUGAUACCGAGUGAGGAUUCAUCUAUACUUUCAGCUGGAGAUCAACGGGAGGUUCACCCAAAAAAGAGUUUAAAGUCUUCAAACUACAAGCAAUCCAGUUUAAAAACUUCUCGGCCUUUAGUUCACAAAAAACAAGAUGUUAAGCAGAAAUUUUCAAAAGAUAAGGUAUCUAAGAAAGUGGCAGAAAUCACCGGAAAGAAAGUGAAAACCUCUGACAAGAGUAGUAACAGAGAGCUAUUACCAACAGUAGAGAGUUCUGAAAGUAAACUUAGUGAAGAAGGACUUGAAAGAGAGUCUGUAGAUUUAAAUGAAGUGUUUUCAUCACCGUUGCAUUCAAAAUUACAGACUUCUAAGAUUCAGAAUUUCGCUAACUCUGAAAAACAAAAAAAUGUUUUACACUUGUUGGAAUCACAUAAUGGUGCAAGUAACAAAAAUCCUGUAAAAGCCAAAGAGCUACUGCAGAAUCCCAAAGACACUGUGCAGAAUUCUGAGAAGAGAUCAUCAGCUAAGACUGUAAAGAAGAAGCCUGAAAAGACUUAUCACAAAGCCCGUAAAAAAGUGCAUUCAAACUCUGAAGACACUAAACCUAAAAAUACGACAGAUUCUGAGAGCUCUUCUCUGCAGGACGAGGUAGAAAAAACCCCCAAUCCAUCAAAUAAAAAAAGUAGCAACAAAAGAAAACGUAACAUGCAACGUGGAUCACAAGAUUUCUCUGCAGCUGAAGACUUAAUGAAUCAUAGAAGUGGACCUUUACUAGAACAGGAUGUUAAAUUUACUUCCAGAAGGAGGUCCUUGGCUUGCAGAGAGGAUAAUUCGUCUUCAGAUAGUUCUGAAGACUUGGAUUUGCAAAUCAGUGAUCUGUUGUCAAACGAGAUAGCAAGGCAUAAAAUAGUAAUGCCCUCCAACACACCUAACGUUCGUCGGACAAAAAGGAUACGGCUGAGACCUUUGGAAUAUUGGCGAGGGGAGCGUGUGAACUAUGCAGUGAGGCCUUCAGGACUUGUGAUCAGUGGAAUAGUGUGUCCUGAAACAGAACCUCACAGGAAGAUUAAACGGAAGUGUGGUCAUAAGCCAAAAAGAGAUCAGACAAGCAAUGAGGUAGCUGUAAGCUUGGAUCAAACUCUAGCUGAUAUUUCUAAGCCAACUGUUGUAGUGGACCCAAUAACAAAUAAGGAAGUUCUUCUAGAGUGUAUUAGCAGUGGAAAGAGACAAUCCUGCUUUUUUAAGGAUCAGUCAAUAGAAAUACAUAAAAAUCUGAAUACCUCUGAUUUUGCAAUGGGUAAAUUGAUCUUGCAACCACUUAAAGAAAAGGGACAUCAGUUUGUUCAUAUGGAUACAAUAGCUUUCCAUAUUCUCCAAGGCGAAGUUGUUCUUACCCUGCAUAAGACAUCAUAUUACCUGACUACAGGGGACUUUUUCUAUGUUCCAGCAGGAAAUGGAUAUAACAUACGUAAUAUUCUGAACAAAGAAAGCAUUCUUCUAUUCACACAACUGAAGAACGAUAGUCCAAAAGCAGAAGAGAUGCUGGAGACAUCUUCCCCAUAACUUCACCUGGAAGCUGAAAAACAUCUAAUGUGAGGGAAUCUAAACAAUACUGUAACUACUACCCAAGGGAUAGUAGUUGGACACUGAGUUGGUUCACUCUUUCACUGAUCUUUAAAGAUCUCUGCAGUGUAAAUUGUAAAUAAGUAAUUUGUUACAA